AAGCUGAUCGAUACGCAGAGCCACAAGACACCACGGAUGAGAUGGCAUUACGGUUUGAAGCUUCCUGUCCUGAUGGCCUAUGUCCAGGAUGGAGCAUCAUCGUAAGAGGACAGCCUAGCUCAGAAGCCAAUAAGUUUGAGAUCAAUUUCCUCUGUGAUCAGGACGACAGAAUAGCCUUUCAUUUCAACCCCCGCUUCACUGAAUCAGACAUAGUCUGUAACUCCUUCCUUGCAAACCAAUGGGGGCAGGAAGAGAGAUGCACCAACUUCCCGUUUGGCACCGACGAGCAUUUUCAGAUCGAAAUUGACUCAGACGAUGACAACUUCCAUGUUUACAUCGAUGACACAAAGAUCAUGCAGUAUAAGCAUCGCGUCAAGGACCUGAAGACCAUCACUAAAGUCCAGGUGGUGAAUGACAUCAACAUCUCCUCUGUGGAGAUCACCAGGAAACAUUUUUGCUAAAAUGGUGGAGGAAUGGAGGCUUACAUCUUCCCUCUGGGACGCAAAAUUGAAAUGAGCCUUUGCUUGUUUUCAGUGGAUUAUUGUCUGUCUUGUGUUUGGUGUUGCUAAUUUUAGGAAUUAAAUAAUGAAUAAUGCGAUUAUCUCUUUGGAUCCAAAUCUUCCUGUUGGUCUCUUGGCAGUGUGAAUAAUAAUUGCCUCAAACAUAACCAGACAUGUCCAGUGCAUUAACACAUUAUAAUGAGUGCUAAACGGCUGCUUUAAAAUAUUCACAAGCAGUAUGGGAAUAUCAUAGUAAUUCACAUCGCAUUAAGAUAUCGACGUGCCAAAGGAAACACAUCACUAUGUAUGAUAACAUUAAUUCACUAACGCCUUCCCUAAAAUCUGUAAGCACUAGGUGUCAAGGUGUUAAUGAAAGACGUAGGUAUAAAUGUGACAAUCAAUACAAUCCAUUCUUAAAUAUUUUACUUAAAUAAAAACUUGCACCUAAUAUGAAAUUGACAUCUACGCUAUAUGGACAAAAGUACAAUACAGUAUGUGAACACCCGAGCAUUAUACUUAGAUGUGAACUUUCCUGAAUCCAUUGCCACAAAGUUGGAAGCAUACAAUUCUUUAGAUUGAUUUUUUAUGCUGUAGCAUUAAGAUUUCUCUUCACUGGAACUAAGAGGCAUGAAACCCAGGCCCAGAUUGGUCAUCGGGAGAAUUCCCAGAGGCCUGACGACUGAGUUAGCCCUGAUGUUUGUUUGUUCGUUUGUUUGUUUAAUCAGUCAGUCGUUAUUAUGUUAUAUUAAUGCGUGUCCGAUGUACUCAAGCGAUCCUUUCCGAAUUCGGCAUUCGAUAAUAAAUCAUGAAUCUGUUAGUCUUGACUUGCACAGCUACCAAUCGCCUCACCUCCACCGAACGGUUUCGAACAGAGUCAUCAAUGCGCAGAGUGAGGAUGGAGACGAAGUUGUCAGGUGGAGCAGAGAGGGAAAGGGCACGCAAAAGGAAAACCCUCCAAGAAGAAGCAGCGAAGUUUAGCAAAAUUACUGAUCUGUUCAGGGCUUCAAGUGCAGGUCAGUGUCAUCUGUAAAUACUGUGGCUAGCUUUGUGUUAUCUAAUUUAGCUAAUUAAGUAUUAACUUGAUUAUUAACAGUAAGUAUUAACACUAGCAAACGUUAGCACUAUUACUGUCGUCACUCAAAAUUUGCUAACGGACAGAAUUAUCUACUGUAUAGUUGUAAUACUAAGUAAUUUAGUGCAUUUAGGGAGCCUUCUAUUUUGUUGAAAUUAGAAAUACAGCUAGGGCAAACAACCACAGCAACAACAACAAAAAACUCUUUUUUUCAAGCUGUGAGUUAUAACAUGCAACAUCAUGUUCCAUAUUAGGAUUCUUCUAAAAAUAUAUUGGCAUGAUGUAGUUAUAAUUGUACUA